AAAACCAAAAAGCAUACGAAAGAACCAAACGGGGCGGUGGGAGAAGAAGAGGCAGUGAAAGAAAAAGAUCAGAGUGUGGUUCCAUGGAGGCAGUCAUCCAAACUGUUCAAUAUUGGCCACUGGGGAGUGUGAUCACCGCCGGCGGUUUGGUUGUUGCUCUCGGCGUGAUUUCCCCCAGGCUUUUGAAUGAUCAAAAGAAGAGACCCAAACACCUCCGCCCAGUUCCAGCUAUACCAGGGGUACCAGUUCUUGGGAAUAUACUCCAGCUCAAAGAGAAGAAACCCCACAAGACAUUUCUAGGCUGGGUUGACAAAUAUGGACCAAUCUAUUCUGUCAAGGCUGGGGCUACCACCAUGGUUGUUCUUAACUCCACUGAUCUUGCAAAGGAGGCUAUGGUAGACAAAUAUUCAUCAAUCUCAACAAGAAAUCUCUCCAAGUCCCUAAGUAUUCUCACUCAUGAUAAAAGUAUGGUUGCAAUGAGUGAUUAUGGUGACUUUCAUAAGACAGUAAAGCGGAAUAUAUUGGCCAGCGUUUUGGGAGCAAAUGCUCAGAAACAACAUCGUGUCCACAGGGACGUAUUGAUAGAAAAUGUUUGUAAUGAAUUGAAUGCUGUCCUCGAGAAGUAUCCUGAGAAAGCAGUAAACUUUAGGGAAUAUUUUCAGUCUGAACUUUUCAGAUUGGCACUGAAGCAAGGAAUUGGAGAAGACGUAGAGUCUGUAUAUGUUAAAGAGCUUGGAUCCACUUUGUCGAGGGAGAAGAUGCUCAAGUAUCUAGUAUCUGACCUUAUGGAGGGUGCUAUUGACGUUGAUUGGCGAGAUUUCUUCCCAUAUCUCAGCUGGAUUCCUAACCCGAGCUUCGACAAGAGGAUCAAGCAAAUACAAUAUAACAGGGAUGCAGUAAUGAGGGCACUCAUAAAGGAACAGAGAGAACGUAUCGAGUCUGGGACGGCAAUAAACUCCAUGCUCGACUAUUUGGUGUCUGAAGAACAGACAUUAACUGAGAAACAACUUCAGAUGAGUGUGUGGGAGGAAAUUAUUGAAACAUCGGACACAACUGUUGUGACUACAGAAUGGGCUAUGUAUGAACUAGCUAAAGAUCCAGAACGACAGGAUAGAUUAUUUCGUGAAAUUCAAGGUGUCUGUGGGGGUGGUAAAGUAACAGAAGACAAAGUGCGACAACUCCCCUACCUUUCUGCUAUAUUUCAUGAAACAUUGAGAAAACAUGGUCCCGUUCCUAUUGUUCCUCUCCGAUAUGUUCACGAGGAUAUCGAACUGGGAGGGUACUAUAUUCCUAAAGGAACCGAGAUUGCUGUGAACAUUCAUGCAUGCAACAUGGAAAAGGGGGUAUGGGAGAGUCCUACAGAGUGGAAGCCCGAACGAUUUCUCGAAGGGAGGUAUGAGCAGAACGAUUUGUUCAAGACGAUGGCGUUUGGAGCGGGGAAGAGGUCGUGUGCUGGUGCUCUCCAGGCGAUGACGAUUUCUUGCCUGACGAUCGCGAGAAUGGUUCAAGAAUUUGAAUGGAGGCUGACGGGUAGUGAAGAAGAAAAUGUUGCUACUGUGGGUCUUACUGCCUAUAAACUUCAUCCUCUAAUGGCAAACAUAAAGCCAAGAAAUUGAUUUCGAAGAAAAAGGUGUUGAAAUGUUAAGGGAAAGUGAAGCUCUUGGUCCUCCAAUUAUAAGGUAUAUUGGACUCGAUGCUUGAAUUGUAGGGGCUUUCACUUUUGAUUGAUUCUCCAGUUAGUAGCGUAGCGAGGUUUUUUCUUGGAGCAGAACUAUGAGACGCUGUAAAAUUUUCAAGGUUGAACUUUUUAAUUUCACAUCCGUUUUCUCCUU